GAAUUCUAUCUCCUAAAAAAAAUCGGUUAGAAUCAUCGCCGUCAAUUAUGAAAUCGGUGGAUUUCGAUCCUGUUGCUGCUCGCGAGUAUGAAUGGGGCGUUGCUGAGGUUCAUCUUCAAUAAGGAGUAUAUCAUCUCCUGUGAAAUACAGCAUUGCGGGACAAUCCUAGGACCAUCAUCUCUAGAUAGAAUACCAUUCCUGCUGUGCCGCACUCUAUCCGCAAACGAACGUCGUCCGCAAUCCUUCUGCAAUCCUUCUGCGCGACUCCCCAGUCCCGCACUCGAAAACGAAGGCUUGAAGAGUUGCGACUCCCCUGUCCCCAGUCGACUGGAACAACAAAGUCACACAGUCUGCAUCGGACUUGAACGAUUGAAGUGUUGAAGCUGCCAGCGACGAACCCUUGUGAAAGACACAAAGGCUCUGGUGUUGCAUUGAAGGCUUGAAGAACAGGAUAUCCCUUGCCGCUUAUUUGUGAGGCGCAAAAAUUUCUGAAGGGAAAAAAGAGUCUUUUACAAGGACAGAGAGGAAUGUAUACUGAAAAUUUCAAUUUAGGGAGUAAUAAAAGUCGAGUUGAUGAUAUCAGAUGGCUUUGCUCACUAAAUGAGUCUGAACUUGAUUUCCUAAUUAGUUUGAAAGUGAUGAUUCUCAGAGGAGCAAAAAAAAUUGGUUCCAAAGCUAUAGCCAAGAAUCUUGAUUUAAAGUUUCUCCGCGCUCUCAGUUUUAUUUUAAUGAACAAACUUAAAGGACAUCUUGAAGUCAUGCCAGGUUCUAUUGGGUCGUCUUCCUCGUCUUUGGAUAAUUGUAAAUUGCUAAAUUUUGAUAUUGACACUAGUUUCGAAAGCUUAAGUAUUGAAGAGUUGGACAUGUAUAUUUGCAGUGAAAAGAGGAAGAGAGUGUUUUCCAUGUUGUUCGAAGACAUGCCUCCCAUCCAGAAGCCGAGAACUGAGAGCUAAAUGGUGAUAGUAUGAGAAACAUAAAAUGGAACUGACAAACCCACCAUAUAUAUCCAAAAGAAAGUUAUUACUGUGAUAUUGUUUAUACUAAUAUGACAUGUUUCUCUACUUCUGAUUUUGUCCUGUGAGAAUUCGCCUGUUUGGUAAAUCGCCUAUCAGUCCUUUUGGCUUUUUGAUUGAUUUAUCAUGUCAAACAACUAUUUUAAAGUGUUAUGCAAAUGGCUUUGGAAUUUGGUGUACUGUACUUCUAUUGCUUAAUGGACAACUUACG